AUGGAGACCACAACAUGUAAUGUAUCAGGAGAAGCCUUAACCAUUUUCUACCUUACAGGCAUUCCCUCUCUGCCAACUUACCUCAUCUUUCCUAUAUUCUUCAUCUUUCUCAUUCUUUAUCUGCUCAUCCUUGUGGGUAACACCUUGAUCCUGGUGGCUGUGCUGACAGAGCCCAACCUCCACAAGCCCAUGUACUUCUUCCUAAUUAACCUCUCAGCACUAGACAUCUAUUUCACCACAACCACAGUCCCCAAGAUGCUGUCCCUAUUCCUAUUUGGGGACCACUUCCUCAGCUUCCCUGCCUGUUUCCUGCAGAUGUAUCUGUUUCAUAGCUUUUCCUGCUCAGAAGCUUUCCUCUUGGUGGUGAUGGCCUAUGACCGCUAUGUAGCCAUCUGCCGCCCACUGCACUACCCUGUCCACAUGACUCCACACACCAACGUUGCACUGACAGCCAGUGCCUGGCUCUCUGCCCUCCUCCUACCCAUCCCAGCAGUGGUACAGACCUCCCAGAUGGAAUUUGACAACAUCGCCUACAUCUACCACUGCUUCUGUGACCACUUGUCUGUUGUCCAGGCUUCCUGCUCUGACACCAGCUCCCAGACCCUCCUGGGCUUUUGCAUAGCCAUGGUGGUGUCCUUCUCCCCCCUCCUCCUGGUGCUUCUGUCCUAUGCUCGCAUCCUGGUCUCGGUGCUUCGCCUCAACUCCCAGGAAGGACGUUCAAAGGCCUUCUCCACCUGCAGCUCCCACCUCCUUGUAGUGGGCACCUACUACUCUUCCAUUGCCAUAGCCUAUGUGGCCUACAGGGCUGACCUGCCCCUCGACUUCCACAUCAUGGGCAAUGUGGUGUAUGCUAUUCUCACACCAGUGCUGAAUCCUCUCAUCUACACACUGAGGAACAAGGAUGUCAAAGCAGCCAUCAUCAAAAUGACAUGCCCCAGGAGAUAA